GGCAAUGAGGCGUGAGUGUGGCUUGUAUUUCUGGUCCUCCCCUCCUUCACUGCUUUCAUUUUACUCUUAUCGUGCUUUCCAGAAAGUUCGCCUGCUGGGAGAGUCUUUUUGAUCAUUUCCCAUGUGUUGUCAGAUAGCACCAUAGAAUUCAGUUUCUGAGAACCAGGCAGAAGCAUGCAGUGACAUUGCAUAAUCUGCCUCUGAAGCUGGAGAUAUUAGCUGUAGAGCUCAGGGGAGCUGCUCCACAUCACCGACAUGAAGGGAACAGGCGUCGCGGACGGUGCGCCCAAGGCACUCCUGGCCAGGGCGCUUUAUGACAACUGCCCUGACUGCUCUGAUGAGCUGGCUUUCAGUAGAGGGGACAUCCUGACCAUUCUGGAGCAACACGUGCCAGAAAGCGAGGGUUGGUGGAAGUGUUUGCUCCACGGAAGGCAAGGUCUGGCCCCUGCCAACCGCCUCCAAAUCCUCACGGAGGUCACUGCAGACAGGCCGUGCCCCCCAUUCCCGAGAGGCCCGGAAGAAGCUCCUGCCAGCUCAGAGGAGACCUAUCAGGUGCCCACUCUACCCUGCCCUCCCACUCCAGGCCCCGUUUAUGAGCAGAUGAGGAGUUGGGUGGAGGGGCCCCAGCCCCCUUCUGCCCAAGUCUAUGAAUUCCCCGAUCCUCCCACCAGUGCCAGAAUCAUCUGUGAAAAGACUCUCAGCUUUCCAAAACAGGCCAUCAUCACGCUUCCCAGACCUGCCCGGGCCUCACUGCCGACUCUGCCUUCCCAGGUGUACGACGUGCCUACCCAGCACCGGGGCCCCGUGGUCCUGAAGGAGCCAGAGAAGCAGCAACUAUACGACAUACCAGCCAGCCCCAAGAAGGCAGGACUCCAUCCCCCAGCCGGCCAAGCAAGCGGGCAGGGUGUUCCCCUGAUAUCAGUGACUACCUUAAGAAAAGGUGGCUACAGCACAUUACCAAGUCCUCAGAAAUCGGAAUGGGUUUAUGACACUCCAGUGUCUCCAGGAAAGGCCAGCAUCAGACACACGCCUCUCCCCAGCUUUGCAGAAGAAUCAAGGCCCCACGCUCUCCCCAGUUCCAGCUCCACUUUCCACAAUCCUCCAAGUGGCAGAGCCAGGUCCCUCACUCCACAACUGAAUACCAAUGUGCCCAUGCAGAAAAAACUCAGUCUUCCAGAAAUUCCUUCUUAUGGCUUUCUUGUACCCAGAGACACAUUUCCUUUGGAUGAAGAUGUCAGCUACAAGGUUCCUUCAAGCUUUCUGAUUCCUCGAGUAGAACAGCAGAACACCAAGCCCAAUAUUUAUGACAUCCCUAAAGCAAUAUCGAGUGUUUCUCAGGCUGGGAAGGAGCUGGCGAAAGCCAAGGAGGUGUCAGAGAAUUCCACGGGCCAUAAUUCCUCAUGGUUCUCCAGACGGACAACUUCCCGAUCUCCUGAACUGGACAGAUUAUCAGGUUCCAGUUCUGACAGCAGAGUCAGCAUCGUUUCUUCAUGCUCCACCACAUCCACCAACUCCUCCUCCAGCUCUUCCUCGGAGGAGUCAGCAAAGGAGCUGUCCUUGGAUCUGGAUGUGGCCAAGGAGACAGUGAUGUCUCUGCAGCACAAGGUGGUCAGCUCUGUUGCUGGCCUGAUGCUCUUUGUCAGUAGGAAGUGGAGAUUCCGAGACUAUCUGGAAGCCAACAUUGAUGCAAUCCACAGGUCCACUGAGCACAUAGAAGAAUCUGUAAGAGAAUUUCUGGAUUUUGCUCGAGGAGUCCAUGGGACUGCCUGUAACCUCACUGACAGUAACCUUCAGAACAGAAUUCGGGACCAGAUGCAGACAAUCUCCAACUCCUACAGCAUCCUGCUUGAAUCAAAGGAAAGCUUGGAUAAUCGCAAUUGGCCUCUGGAAGUUCUUGUGACUGACAAUGUCCAGAACAGCCCAGAUGACCUUGAGAGGUUUGUCAUGGUGGCACGGAUGCUUCCAGAAGACAUCAAGAGGUUUGCCUCCAUUGUCAUUGCCAACGGAAGGCUCCUUUUUAAGCGGAACUGUGAAAAGGAAGAGACGGUGCAAUUGACCCCAAAUGCAGAAUUUAAGUGUGACAAAUGCAUCCAGCCUCCCCAAAGAGAAACUGAAUCACACCAAAAGAAUACCCCUUCCACUAAGCAAAGGGAAGAUGAACACUCUUCUGAACUGUUAAAGAAAAAUAGAGCAAAUAUCUGUGGACAGACAUUGCCUAACUUAGAAAAGAAAGAGAAACCUAUCUUGGAACAAAGGUUAGAUGAAAACAAAGACUUAGGAACCAUGAAUCCUGGCCCUCUUAUACCCCAGCCUUCGAGUCAACAGACUCCUGAGAGGAAACACUGCCUGUCUGAACACUGCCGCCUCUACUUUGGGGCGCUCUUCAAAGCCAUCAACGCAUUUCAUGGCGGCCUCAGCAGCAGCCAGCCUGCGGAGAUCAUCACUCAGAGCAAGCUGGUCAUCACGGUGGGCCAGAAGCUGGUGGACACGCUGUGCAUGGAGACCCAGGAGAGGGACGUGCGCAACGAGAUCCUCCGCGGCAGCAGUCACCUCUGCAGCCUGCUCAAGGACGUAGCGCUGGCCACUAAGAAUGCCGUGCUCACGUACCCCAGCCCUGCCGCGCUGGGGCACCUCCAGGCGGAGGCUGAGAAGCUGGAGCGACACACGCGGCAGUUCAGAGGGACAUUGGGAUGAGGACUCUCUACUUCCCUUCCUCCUCUGCUCACCUCUUAGCUUCACACCCACAACUUGUGCAACUCUAUCCUAUGGGGAAAGCCAGCCGAGGCAUACACCGAUCAGCUGAAACAGACCUGGUACUCAAAGACCCAAAGCUGGCAGUAGCAAGUGGCUAAGCAACCCUGGGGCAUUGACUUACCCCACAGGGGGUCAGGAAAGAGAGUCAGGUAUGAGGUAAAGACCUUGUGAAGUUUAGCAUAUAUGGAGUAUGCAGUAUCAGCUUGAAGUGACUUCGUAGAAAUAAUAUUUUAUAUUGAUUAAAUGUGUGCAUGUUUUGUUUGUUUUUUAAGACAAAGUCUCACUCUGUCACACAGGCCGGAGGGCAGUGGUGCCAUCUCAGCUCACUGCAACGUCUGCCUUCCGGGUUGAAGCAUUUCUCCUGCCUCAGCCUCUAGAGUAGCUGGGACUACAGGCAUGCACCACCAUGCCCAGCUAAUCUUUGUAUUUUUUUUUUUUAAUGAAAAGUCUCACAUAUUUAUUACUGAACCCAGCCAACCAAUGCAUUCAUAACAGAUUCAGAGAGAAAAAAUAUAUUCCCAAUAAAACAUGUACAACUCUCCAGAGAGUGGUGACAUUUUCAGCUUGAUGUGGUAACAUGACUGUGACUUUCAGACAGCACAAAUGUGUGUGCCAUCUCAUGUGCAAUUCCUUACAGGCCCACCACCUUGGUUCUUCUCCAAUGUCUCCUUUUGGAGUUGUACUUGAUUUUAUUACCAGUUUUCAUCUGAAUCCACUGGGGAGUGGGGCGAUUUUGUUUUUGCUUCUUGGUCAGGAAUCACAAUCCUGAAAGUCUUAUGAGAAGACAUGGCAAGAAGCAGAGUCAAGCACACACCACAAUGGCAGAGAAAGGAAGAGCUAAUUUUUGUAUUUUUAGUAGAGAUGGGUUUUCACCAUGUUAACUAGGCUGGUCUGGAACUCCUGACCUCAGGCCAUCCCCCACCUCGGCCUCCCAAAGUGCUGGGAUUACAGGUGUGAGCCACCAUUCCCGGCGUGUACGUGUUUUAAAUUCACUCAUUUAACAUUUAUUUAUUGGAUGCCUACUACAUGCCAAGUUCUAGGUGCUGGAGACAUAACACUGUAGCAGAGGCCUUGCCCUCUUGGAACCUACAAUCUAGUAGGGGAGUCAUACAGUAAAGUGAUGAAGAAAUACAUACACAGUAUAGCAGGUGCCAGGAAAAACGUAAGUUGGCGAAGCACAAGAGAAAUUGUUUUGAAAUGGUUUUUAUUGCGUUCAUUAGAAAAUAGAGUAAGUUUUUUUGUUGUUUUGAAUUGAAUUAGUUCUGUGAGAUUGGUACAAAUUAUGUAUGUGUCUUGGUACAAAUUAUGUAUGUGUCUUGCACCCAUAAAUAUGUAUUUUUGCUAUGUUACUUUAACCUUAAGAUAGAUGUUAUAUUUACAACAUAACAUGAUCUGUUGGGUUCUCUAUUAAUUUAUUUCAUUCAUUAUAGAUGCUGGGUUGAUAAAUUCUGCUCAGUUUGAAAAAUUUUAUAUUUUGUCUCAAAUCUGUUACAAUGUAUAUUGGUUGGUGCAAAAGUAAUUGCAGCUUUUGCCAUGGAAAGUACUGUGGUUUUUGCCAUGGAAAGUAAUGGCAAAAACCACAAUUGCCUUUGCAUCACCCUAAUAAUAUUAAAUACAAUCAUGACUUUAAACAUCA